AUGUAUCAGAUGAUCAAUCUUCUGGUCUCGUUCGAGCCUGCCGCGCUAUGCGAUCUGCACGGUUCCGACCUCAUCCUUGCACCACUGCCAGCACAAAAGAUGCUGUGGGAGGCACCCGACCAUACCACCUGGGGCAAGAGGAACACAACACUUCAGCCGACCUACGGUUUGACCACCAAUGGUAACCUGGUGAAAGCCGAUCAAUCCUCAGAUAUCAUGCUCUCCGACCCAUACGACAACAGGUUGCGGAGUGGUGUCAAUUGGGAAGAGUGGUGCUCUGGCAUGGAUGCGAUGGGAGGGCUUAUCAUGUUGGCAGCGGCACUGGUAGGGUAG